AUGGUUGGCAUGUACAUGUGUUCCGUUUUUAAUCAUCUUUCUGCUCGAGUUUUUAAUGAUUUUAUAGAGAAUCUUGAUCUUUCUGAUAUUCCUUUGAGUGGACCUCGUUUUACUUGGAGUGAUAAAUGGGGAUCUAAGUUUAGUAAACUUGAUAGAUUCUUGGUCACAGAUGGGUUUAUGACUGCUUUUCCUCAUCUUGCGGGUAUUGUGUUGGAAAAAAAUAUUCCUGAUCAUGUUCCGAUUAUACUUUUGGAGCAUAUGGUGGAUUAUGGCCCUAUUCCUUUUCGAGAGUUUCAUUCAUGGUUUGAUAGAGAUGGUUUUGAGAAUAUAGUGCGGGAUUCCUGGAUGAGUGAUUUGUCUGGGACGGGUCUGGAUAAUCCAUGGGUGAGAUUUAAGAAGAAAUUGCAGCGUCUUAAAUCUAAUCUUAGGGUGUGGAAUCUAAAUUAUUGGAAUUUGUUGGUUACUAAAAAGAAAAAUCUCCAAGAUUUAAUUGAAUCUAUUGAUAGUCGUCUGAUGGAUGGGGAAGGAUCUUCUAUCUUGAGGGAACAUAGGGUUUCUUUAUUAAAGGAGGUCUCGUAG